AUGGCGGUUUAUUUGACUCCGCGGUUCAGGAGGCUCCGGAGUCAGAGCGAGCUGGACUCGCGGCGGGGGAGCGGGCGGCGGCGAGAUUGUGAUGGUCCUUUUCAGGCAACUCAGCUGUGGAAUAGUAUUAUUCAUGCUCUUCAUAGUCAGGUGGAAAUCAAAAGACGCAGACAACAUCUGAAAACAUACAAAAACUGUUUCACUGGCUCAAAUGCUGUUGAUGUGGUACUGAGCCAUCUUAUGCAAAGCAUGUACCUAAGCUGCAAUGAUAUUUCUCGGCUGAAGGGAGUCCGUGUAUGCCAAGCAUUGAUGGAUCACAAGGUGUUUGAGCCAGUUGGAGCAAAGCUUUACUUAUUCAAGAACGAGAAAGAAACAGAGUUUGAAGACACAAACACUAGUCUCUAUAAAUUUGUAAAUAGCAGUCUUACUCCUCUUCUUCUGAGAAAGAAUAAAGACAAUGAGAGCUUGUCUCCCGAGCAAAUCUGCAAACAGAAGACAAAAAGACGUUCCAACAGAACGAAGUGUGAAUCAACACUUUCAAACCCCUUAGCAUUAGAAGCAGCCGAUAAAAAGAGGGUAGAGGAGCUUCUUCGAUCAAUAAAUGUUCACACAUCUUUACUUCCAAAGAUCAUGGUUAAUGAACCAACUCAUCUACUUUCAAAAAGAGUAAUAGAAGAUGUCUGGAAACAGCAAACUCUGCUACGAUUGCUGCAGUUAAUUGAUGUUCCGCUUCUAGAAGAUAUCUUGGUGUCUUCAGUGAAGACAAAACCAGACUGUUUUGGCAAAGAAGAAGACCUGAUUAUCUCAAACACUUUCCUGGACAGAGAGGUUACAUGUAGCUUAAACUUGCCUGAGCUUGACAAAUGGCUCUAUGCUGCAAUUGAAUGCUUGGAGUAUUUCCCAGACCAAUUCAUAGUGAUGGUUAGUCAGCAGUUACCUCAAAGCACUAACAAAGCCAGCAGUCUGAAUACAUACAAGAAGAUUCUUUUUGACAUUAUAAUAAAGUAUUAUAGUCAAAAGAAGGACUCCCUUCUUGCCACUCAGGAUCUCAAUAUUCAUUCAGGAAUUAUAGAACUUAUAGAAAGAGGAAAAACAGAUCAAGCUCUAGAGGCAUCACAACUUUAUUUAAAAUUAUUAGCACCAAAUAUCCGAGAAGAACUACAUAGACUCCUGACAUUCAUAGCCAUUGCAUCUGAAUCUGAGGGCUACAAAUUACAAAAACAAUUUGAUAACAGAUCGGUGAUAAUCAAGACUUGCACAAAGUUCAUCUUACAAAAUAAGACAUUGUCAAAACCACAGGCAGAACUGCUGACUCAGUUUCUGAUGGACAAUCACUCUGAGCUCUUCAAGACUCCUUUAACUCUUCUGGAACUAACUAGUAGGAGAAUUGAGAGUUUGCUAGAAGGACAAGAUCCAGAUAUCAAUUCAGGCUUCACCUUCUGUCAGCGCGUGACAACUAAAGAAUACGAAGAUCAAAACCAACAAAAAAAUCAGUAUCUUCUUGCAUUAGUUCAAGAGAUGGACAAUGACCCCACUAUUCCUUUGAAGCAGAAGAAGAAAUUAAUUAAAGAAUUCCGAAAAUACCAUUCUCUCGUCUAUUGUAGUGGUUGUAAAACUACAUGUGAAUUUUGUACUCUAAAUGGUUAGACAUCAAUGCAGCCCUUUUUUUUUUUUUAAGGGGGGAUGCAUAUGAAAAUUGCUUAUGAUACAAAACAUUUUCUGUUUAUGUCCUUACACCUUCAGUUACAGGAAACUACAACUAUCAAAAUUACUAUGCUGCUAAAAAGCAUUAAUUCUAAUUAAUGACUCUUUUAAGAAAAAUGUACUUAAUUACUUUUAAGUUAGUAAUAACAGCACACUGCUUGCGCUGCUUUGAGUUCAGGGUUUGGCACUUUUUUCCUUCUGUCCCACGACCCCAUGGCUUUUUAGCUGAGCCAAGUCUACAUUCAGAGCCAUGCUUGGGUUGAUAACCAGUAAGGUUUUUAGUCUUUUCUAUCUGUAGUUCAUCAUCUAACUGUAAUCUAAUCUUAAACUGUAAUCUAAUUUUAAACUGUAGAUUAUGACUCCUAUGAGUAUUGUAAAAGUGUACAAAGUGUGUCAAAAAAGUUAGGAGCCCGUCGGGGGGUUCUGAAUCUGUGUCAGGCAACAUUCAUUAGGCAGGGGAGAUGUGUGUGCUUGCAGUCAGUAAUUAUAGCCUGUUACUCCUUCCCCACUCUGGCAGGCUGAGCUGCUGCUAAUCUGGCAGUUAUGCAAAAGCAAGUAAAAAAUUACGUUUUGAAAAAAAUUGAGGAAUAAUAAUCUUGUUUUAGAUCUCUUGGUGUACUUAAGCAAUUUAUUUUAACAUAAGGAUACUUUGAUAGUGUCCAGUUGUUUGUCAUAAAUACUUUGAUAGUGUUUAUGAAUUCAUAGGGCAAAGCUAGAAAGCACGUUGGCCUGUCUUUGGUUAACUGUACAUGGACAAGGAAAUGUUGAUUCAAAUCAUUAAAUAAAUAUGCAAUAUAAUGUUACAGGGGUUAAAUUACUUCUUCCAUCCUCAUGACAGACAUUUGAUCAUGUAUUGGACAUAGAAACACAGACUUGAGAUUGGAAGGGACCUCUGGUCUAGUCCCACUGCCCAGCUCAAAGCGGAGUCAAUUAGUGCAGGCUGCUCAGGGCCUUUUCCAGUUGAGUUUAGAAUAUCUCCAAGGAUGGAGAUGCCACAAC